UUAUCUUUUACUUCUUCUAAACUACCGCUACCGCUACCGCUACCGCUAGGUACUACUAACUAGCCUCUUUUCGGAAACACUUUCCAACUUUCCGCCUUUUCGCUCUCUGCUUUUUCCUUCCUUUUCCCACCAAGCAUCAAAUACCAAAGCUCGAGCUUUUGUCGGUCCAGUUGCGCCUAAUUGCGAUUGGUUAUUUAACGUCAAUGCUGAUCAAACCCCGUUCGCCAAUGUAAACCGAUGUCGAGCGCUACCGCGUCCCAAGUCUAUCCGUCCAUCUAUUAACUUAGUUCGGGCGACUUGAGCUCAAAGCACCAACUUAUAUCGCGACGCCGCACCCGCACCUUUUUGCGUAUCUGCGUAUCUACGUCUCUGCUGGGCUUUAAUGAACACCGCUUGCUCAACUUCUCAUUAAAGCUACUAUUUAGCCCCUCGAUAGUCGUCUUCUACCUUCUCUUCUCCCCUUCAUAGAUCCAAUUCAAGCUUCGCAAGCAUGGCGACAGAUCAGUCUCGGCCUGCGUCGCAGAAGAUUCCAGCUGGGCUGGCUACGGUGUUGAAUGCUCCAGAUGACAAUCGCGAUUCGGCCUAUUACUCGAGCACAGAUGCGUCUAGUAAACAUACUUCCGCAGCCUCGGGCAUAGGCAUCAGUGUAUACCACUCCGUUCAUGACAAGACUCCUUCUCCAACCACUACGAACUUAGUUCCCCAGUCGGUAAUAUCUUCUGCGACCAACAUGAGCGUGGCAUCCAUGGUAUCACCGACAACGCCAGGUGGUGGACGUUUUGAUCGGCCACAGUCGAUAGACUCUAUAUCAGGUGGCAUGUCUUUGGGUGCAGCAAGUGUCGGACCAGAUUCGCGACGGGAGAGUGUUGACAGCAGAAUCAACCAGGGGUUCGGUGAUUUGAGAUUGGGUGGUUCUCCUUACGCGAGCCAGAACCAGUCAACUACCUCGUUCCAUGGGAGUUUGGUACAACAGCGGAACUCCCGCGCGGGAAUGGAACAUCUCGCGGUGCAUAGGAUAUCCAAUGGGUACCAGCCGAAUGUCGAACGUACGCCUGAUGGUCAACAUCCAAAAGCUGCUAGGACCGCACCCGCUAUCACAGGUCCUGCUACAAGCACGAUUGCUAGGGCGGCAGAACCGACGAAAGGUCAAGCCUGGGCAUUCCCAGAGGAGGAGAUUCAGCGCAUGCCAUCUACUGGUAAUCAUACCUUUUUUGAUUCUAGGAGAAGUAGCAUCUCGGAGUCGAUUGCAAGUAGCCAAUUUACGACUGAGUCUCGGUUACCGCCUGGACAGCGCCGGCUUGAUGAUAGUAUAGGCCCAGAUUUCCAAACCAUUCACCAUCACACCCUUCAACACAAGCAGUUAUCGGAUCUUCAUAGCGAGGAAUCCAGCCCACAUAGCGGAAAUCAGCCGUAUAGUAGGACACCCGAGCUUCGGAAGAGUCACAAGCUAGCGGAACGGAAGCGGAGAACAGAGAUGAAGGAAUUAUUCGAUCAGCUUCGCGAUCUGAUGCCACAAGAACGAGGAUCAAAAGCGUCGAAAUGGGAGAUUCUGACGAAAGCUAUUGCCGAGCAUCAAAAACAGAGCGAAGCUCUUAAGAGUAUUACGAAUCAUUGCCAAACGGCUAUGCAAGAAGCGGAAAUGUUACGUCGUGAAAUCGAUAGAUUACGCAUGGAGAACGCUCAGCUUCGAGGAAGCAUUCCGAUCCCGCCAGGCCAAGGCCCGCAAAACACUGCAAUGCCAUCGCAACCGUCGGGGGAUCCGUACGGCCAGGACCCGUAUGGUAGAGCUUCUCGGCCAGAACUUCCACCCUUACGAGCCUUGAGUAACAAUAUUCCCAAUAAUCCCGAUUCCAUGACCGGCGUCCAAUAUGACUCUCAAAGAUCAACUAACGGAUAUCGCCAAGAUCCACAUCAAGACCCUCGCCAAAACCGGUUCCAAUAGCUGAACUACUAUCAUUCAUAUUUCCCUUUGUCGUUGUGAACAUAUCAUAUUGGGGAGCGGUAGCCAUGAAAAAUUAGAGACUUUCGGCGCUUUUUCAUCGAUACCCGUAUAAGCAGACGGUUAUACCCGUCCACGAGCACUUUGAAG